UCCCCCGCUCAAUAUAAUGCUGCGAUGUAAAGCGUGUAGACAUCACGAGUUCAAGCGUAUGUAAACAGAUUCGCCCUAUAUUUCCACGAUGACAGAAAAAGUUAAGGUUGACAAGAUUCCAACGCAUGUGCCAAGUUUAGAAGACGUUACAAAAGUUCUGAAAGAAGGACUUGCGAAGAACUUUACAAAUUUAGAGGUGUCAGUUGUUGAUUGUCCAAAUCUCACAGAACCACCGUUUUAUCUGUCGUCAGAAGGUCUAUGUGGCAAUGCUAGACUAGCAGAUAUUGGGGGACCACCAUAUCUCCUACCCCUGGUACAGAGAGACAAGAUAUUCAAGUUCAAGGACAUUGCUGAAUUGUGUGAGCUUCCGAAUGCGUUCAUGAUCGGAGCAGGGGCCGGGCCGGCACAUAUUGUAGGGAUCAACUCGGAGCUGAUGAACAACAUUAAGUAUGCAGCUGACGGCAAAGUAACAAACAACGCCUGGAUUUCCAAGUUAAACAUGAAGACAGGGGAGUGUAUUUUGGAGAAACUGAAUGCAGAGGAAUUUUGUUUGAUGGGAAAUUUCCUGAUAUGUGACGGAAAACCUGGAAAAGUUAUAGAAGUGAAGGCAAGCAAGAGACACGGUCCUGAUGACUUUAGUAAGAGUAUCAAGAUGAGUUUGCGUAAUCACUAUGGUGACAAGCCUAUAGCACUGGGUGGGGUAUUCCUUGUAGAAAAAGGAAAGACAUACACACAUAUAAUGGAUGAUUUUUCAACCACGCCUUUAACAUCCCAGGAAAUGGUUGAUAACUGGUUGAAAUUUUUCACCAUGGAUCCCACCCUCGUCUGUGUAGGGGAGUUGGUGUCACAUGAUCCCGGCUAUGAUUUACGGGACGAACAUUUUCACUGCUUUAGUAUGCAUGGACAAGGCGGCCACUACCACUACGAUACAACGCCGGAUGAAGUGGAGUACAGGGGUUAUUUUAUUGUGGCCGAUAGUAUUUACAGGGUCGAUCAACCGCCAAAAUAACUAUCUGUCUAAAUUUAGAUUUGUCUCCCUUUAGUCAAUGCUCAGCUCUUUGAACAAAGUGAAACUUAUCCCUAGUCAGUCGGAGUAAAUACUGUUUAGUUUAUUCUAAUUUUAUGAUAAUAUAUUUUUGUAUUUUUUUAAUUCUGUGGGUAAUUUGAGCAAAUAUUUUGUUUUAGAGAGGUUUUGCACGAGAUGAAGUUACGUAUGGUGUCUUGAUUUUAUGUCUUCAACUCUUUUUACGUUCUUGGACAUUUUAUAAAAAGAAUUUGUUAAUAUGUAGCAUGGUUUUAUAAGCAUGGUAAUUUUAAAUCGGAAAAAGUAUAAAAAAAACAAAAAAAACUUUAUAUAUGAUAAAUUUAGCUAGAAGAACAGGGUGUUUUGUAUAUUAGGUAUUGCACAUUUUUGAAAUAUUUUAUUUGUACGAUGAUAUACAGUGUUAAGAGAUCAUUUUAUUGAUUUUUAAAUAUAUCAUUUUUCUUCGUUUUGUUCAUGUUUUAGUUUUACAGCUGUUAUGUGAUGUAAAUAUUUUUCAGUGCAUUGAUGAUAUUUCAUAGCCUUGCGAACAAAUAUCACAGUAUUUUAUUGUUUUGUUUAAUAUCAUGCAUUGAGGCAAUAGACAGAUAAAUCACAAUAAAAUAAAAGUAUUACUGUCAGUAAA